AUGGCCAAUGACGUUGCUUCAGAUUACAGCUGGGAAGUUAAAGCCAAUGACAUACAGUACCAUGAAAAAAUCAAGAAGCCAGGAUUCCUCUGCUUCUGGAAGAAGAAAUACUGUGGCAACAGAAUAAAAACUUCAAAGUACAACUUUUUUACAUUCAUACCGCUAAACUUGUAUGAGCAGUUCCAAAAGGCCCAAGUGAUCUAUUUCACCUGUAUAUUAAUUCUUCAGAGCAUUCCAGAGAUUGCAACCUUGCCUGUAUACUCCGCCGCAGCUCCACUACUCUGUAUUCUGGCAGCCCGCGCUUUCAGGGACUUGUUCAAUGACAUUGCCCGUCAUAAGAAUGAUAACAUGAUUAACAAUGCUUCCAGUGAUAUACUUAGAGACCAAAGGCUUAACAGGAUGAAGUGGAAGGAUGUUCGUGUUGGUGACAUUGUCUGUGUAAACAAAGAUGAAUUUGUGCCGAAAUUUGAGAACGCUUGUCUUUGUGACUUUUGUAACUUGGGUAUAAUCAUUUGUAUGAAAGUGAUUGACACAGAGCCAGAGAGCUUGUGCUACAUAGAAACAGCCGGCAUUGAUGGAGAGACUAACCUUAAAUUCCGCCAGGCUUUGACAGUCACACACUCCAGCCUAAACACGUUAGAAGCACUGGCAGCAUUUGAUGGCCUGGUGACAUGUGAAGCUCCAAAUGCCCAGAUAUACAGUUUUGUGGGAGUCUUGGAAUGGAAAGGCCAAAAAUAUGCAUUAAAUAGUGAAAACCUUCUACUAAGGGACUGCAGGAUCCGCAAUACCACGUGCUGCUAUGGACUGGUCCUCUAUGCAGGAUUUGACACAAAAAUCAUGAAGAAUUCUGGUAAAAUAUUUUUAAAGUGGACAAAAAUGGACUACCUGAUCAACAAAACUGUUCUCUGUAUUGCGGUGUUUGUGAUCAGUAUAUCUUUUGUCUUGGGUAUUGGAGCUGGAAUUUGGGACAGCUUGUACCUACAGAAGCAUUACUAUAUACCAAGACACCCACAGUACUCAUCCGCUACUUUUGGAGCUCUUGUAUUCAUGGGAUACCUUGCCACCAUUGCCACCCUUGUGCCCUUCUUCCUUUACAUUUCACUGGAAGUCCUUCACAUUCUCCACAACUUUUUUAUUAUCAAUGACCUGGAAAUGUACCAUGAGGAAACAGAUACACCAGCUCAAGCCAGAGGUAGCAGCUUCUGCGAUAUGCUGGGACAGAUUGAAUACCUUUUUACGGACAAGACCGGUACGCUCACUCAAAACAUCAUGACGUUUAAGAAAUGCUGCAUUGGGCAAAGGAUUUUUGGUAUCUUGUCAAGUGACGAACAGCAACAUAAGGAAGUUAUGUUUGAUUGGAAUCAGUAUGCGGACACAUCAUUCAGGUUCUAUGAUCAAUCGUUAAUUGAUGAGUUACACGAGUUACCACAAGACCCUCUGCUGCAUGAGUUCUUCAGAGCAGUUGCGCUGUGUCAUACUGUGAUGGCAGAUGAUGAGAAGGGGUUUGUGAAAUACAAGGCUACCUCUCCUGAUGAAGAGGCUUUGGUGACUGCUGCAAGAAAUUUUGGUUAUGCAUUCCUUACCCGCACUCAAGAUUCCAUCACAAUCAGCGAGAUGGGUGCAAUAAAGACUUAUAGCAUUCUGGCACUGAUGGACUUCAAUAGUUUCCGAAAGAGAAUGUCAAUUCUAGUAAGGAAUGAAGAAGGUAAAGUAAAGCUAUAUAGUAAAGGUGCAGAUGACGUCAUUCUGGAACGUGUGUGUACAGACUGUCAAACGGAGUUCCUUAAGGAAGCCUUGAAUCACUUUGCUGAAGAGACCCUGAGAACACUGUGCUUGGCCUGUAAAGAAGUAGAAGAACAAGACUAUCUGACCUGGGAGAAAAAUCGCAAUGAAGCCUCCCUAACGCUUGAGAAUCGUCAAGCUCAUCUUGAAAACAUACUUGGAGCCACUGCCAUAGAAGACAAGCUACAGGAAGGAGUACCGGAGACCAUCCAACUUUUGAAAGACGGGAACAUUAAAGUGUGGAUGCUCACUGGGGAUAAGAAAGAGACGGCUAUAAACAUAGCAUAUUCCUGUAACCUUCUUUCCAGCAACAUGCAGCUUUUGGACGAGUCUGAUAUAAGGUGCCUCCUGGAUGCUAACCUGUUGAAUGACAAUAUAGACACCACAUUAAAAGACAUUGAUCCUGCCGUGGAUAAAGAAUGGAAUAUGAAAGCAUUGGUCAUUACAGGAGAAUUUUUGACGGCUAUAAACAUAGCAUAUUCCUGUAACCUUCUUUCCAGCAACAUGCAGCUUUUGGACGAGUCUGAUAUAAGGUGCCUCCUGGAUGCUAACCUGUUGAAUGACAAUAUAGACACCACAUUAAAAGACAUUGAUCCUGCCGUGGAUAAAGAAUGGAAUAUGAAAGCAUUGGUCAUUACAGGAGAAUUUUUGAAUGGAUUCAUAAACGUUAAUGAAAAAACAUCGUCAACAUUACCCUGGUGGAAGAAGUUGAUCUCGAAACAGAAAAAAGAACAUUUAGCAGAUAGAAAUUCCACAUUGAAAACAAGAGCCUUGGUGGAGCUGGCUUGUCGGUGUCAGUGUGUCAUUUGUUGUAGAGUGACACCAAAGCAGAAGGCCAACAUAGUGCAGCUGGUGAAGACGAACAAAAAGGUUACGACCCUUGCUAUAGGAGACGGAGGCAAUGACGUCAAUAUGAUAAAGACUGCCCACAUUGGUGUAGGGGUGAUUGGGAAGGAAGGUCUCCAGGCUGUUUUGGCUAGUGAAUUUGCCUUGGCUCAGUUCUCUUACCUCCAAAACCUGCUGUUCUUCCACGGGAGAUUGUCCUAUGCUCGAUUUUCCAAGUUCUUAUGCUAUUACAACUAUAAGACCUUUUCCAGUCUCGUUCACAACAUCUGGUUUGCUUUCUUCAAUGGGUUCACUUCUCUGCCAGUGUUCGAUGCUUGGUUCCUAGUGUUUAAUGCUAUCCUAUAUACACUAUAUCCAUCCCUCUGCAUGGGAAUUCUUGAUAAAGAUACAGAUGGCAAGGGCAGUCGUCAACAUCCAGAGCUGUACAUGACUGGUCAGAAGGACAGGCACCUGGGCCUGAGGAUCUUUGUGCACGUCCUAUAUGGCUUUUACACUUCUUUGGUCAUGUUCUUUGUUUCUUAUUUUGCUUUCUUUGACUCCGCUGGGCCGCAUGGCAUAUUUGAUUAUCAGGUUUUUGCAUUUACGAUGAGCUCUAUUAAUGUCCUGGCUGUUUUGGCUGAGGCGGGGGAAAAUGUGUGUGCGUCGUAUGAAGCAAAUCCCUAUCACCCGACGCCCAGGAAAUGCAAUUUUGGGUGCCAGGCAUAG